AUUAAACUAGUUUAUUCCUUUGACACAGAUCCACAGGGUGUGAAGCUGAAUCUGGUUGUGUGUGGCAGUAACAGAGGAUUAAAAUCCUUCAUCUCAAACCUGAUCCUGAAGCAGAGCGAGAGAAGAUCAGAGCUCAGCUCAGAGUGUGUGAGGAGAGACGUGGAGCUUGAUGGACGUCUGAUCAGUCUGCUGGAGCUUCCAGCUCUGUUCAACACUCAGCUCUCAGAGGAGGAAGUGAUGCGUCAGACUCACCGCUGUGUGUCUCUCUGUCAUCCUGGAGUUCAUGUUUUCAUCUUCAUCAUUCCUGAUGCUCCACUUAAUAAUGAAGACAGAGCAGAAAUAGAGGAGAUCCAGAGGAUAUUCAGCUCAAGAAUCAACAGACACAUGAUGAUCCUCAUAAAGCAGAAUCCAGAGCAUCAGACAACAGAACUAAAUGAAGAAACACAGUCUGUCAUUCAGAGUUUAGGAGGACGACAUCAGUUCAUUGACCUGAACACACAAGUGUCUGUGUUGAUGGAGAAACUGGAGCAGAUGGUUGAGGAAAACAGUGGUGUUUGUUUCUCCACAGAGACAUUGAUGGAGGCACAGAUGGAGAAACUGAAGGAAUUUGAAGAAAUGAAGAGGAAAAUCCAUUCAUUAGAGACGUGGUUUCAGUCACAAGAUUCAAGAGAAAGAGAAGAUGAACUGAGGAUUGUGCUGCUGGGAAAAACUGGAGCUGGGAAGAGUGCAACUGGAAACACCAUCUUAGGAAGAGAAGUGUUUAUAUCAGACAUUUCUGAAACAUCUGUUACUAAAGUGUGUCAGAGAGAAACAGCUGAAAUCAACAGCAGACACAUUACUGUGAUCGACACUCCAGGACUGUUUGAUACUGAACUCAGUAAUGAAGAAAUCCAGAGAGAAAUCAGCAACUGCAUCCCCAUGAUCCUGCCUGGACCACAUGUGUUUCUCUUACUGAUACCACUGGGACGAUUCACUCAAGAAGAACAAAGAGCAGUGAAGAUCAUCCAAGACACGUUUGGAGAAAACUCUUUAAAGUACACCAUAGUGCUCUUCACCAGAGGAGAUGAUCUGAAGAACAAAACCAUUGAACAUUUUCUAGGAAAACCUGGAUCUGACCUUAAAACCCUGAUUGAAUCGUGUGGAAACAGAUCCCAUGUGUUCAAUAAUAAAGAGACUGAAGACCGAACACAGGUGACUGAUCUACUGCAGAAGAUAGACAACAUGGUGAAAGAGAACGGAGAGAGUUACUACUCAUGUAAGAUGUUCAGAGAGAAGGAGAGAAAAAUACAAGAACAACAAAAGAAGAUACUGAUGGAGAAAGUGGAGCAAGUGAACAGAGAAAGAGAAGAACUGAUGAACAAACAUGAAGAAGAGAAAAAGAAGAUGAAGAUGAUAAUGAAGAGAAGAGAAGAUGAAUUUAGAGAGAGCGAAGAACGAUAUAAAAGAGACUUUAAAGAAAGAGAGGAACAAGAGAGAAAGAUACGAGAGGAGCUGAAGAAAGAACGAGAGGAAUGGGAGAAACAGAAACAACAGGAAAGACAAAGAAGAGAAGAAGAGGAGGAGAAAUGGAGAAAGAGAGAUCAGGCAAUGCAGGAUGAAUAUUAUCAGAGACUUAAAGAAGAGAAAGAGAGAAUGAAGAUGAUGAUAGAGGAAGAACGACAGAAUUGUGAUAAAGAAAGAAAGAGAAGAAGAAAGAUAGAAAAGGAAACAUGGGAUGAAUAUUAUGAGAAACUUAAACGAGAGAGAGAAAGAAGACUGAGAGAGAAAGAAGAUCUUCAGUUCAAACACAAAGAAGAGAAAGAGAGAAUGAAGAAGAUGAUGGAGGAAGAAAGACAGAAUCAUGACAAAGAGAGAGAAAGAAGACAAGAGGAAUUUAGAGAGAGAGAAGAACGAUAUAAAACAGACAUUAAAGACAUAGAAGAACAAGAGAGAAAGAUACGAGAGGAGAUGAAGAGAGAACGAGAGGAAUGGGAGAAACAGAAACAACAAGAACGACAAAGAAGAGAAGAAGAGCAGAAAGAAAGACGUAGAGUUAAUGAACUUUAUUCAGGAGCUCCUGCGGUUCAGCUCACAAACAAUGAUGAAGAUUCACCUUCAGAUUCAAGAUGUUUGAGAAUCCUGCUGUUUGGGAAGACAGGAAGUGGAAAGAGUGCCACAGGAAACACUAUCCUCGGAAUAAAUGAGUUUCACAGUGAAGCCAGUUCACGUUUGGUGACCACAGUUUGUCAGAAGAGAGUUGGUGAAGUUGAUGGUCGAUCAGUAGCUGUUAUUGAUACUCCAGGACUCUUUGACCCCUCGCUGACCAAACAACAAGUGCAGGAAGAAAUAAUGAAGUGUAUUUCACUGUCAGCACCUGGACCACAUGUGAUCAUCAUUGUGUUUAAUAUGGACAAAAUCACUCCAGAGGACAAAGACACUUUAGACAUGAUCAAGAUGAUCUUUGGCCCAAAAGCAGCAGAUUUCUGCAUUGUUCUUUUCACUAGAGAUGAUCUGACAGGACAAACAAUAGGAGAAUAUGUAGAGAAAAGUAAAGAUGAUGAACUCAAGACACUGAUCAGUGAUUGUGGAGGCAGAUUCCUGGCUUUUAACAACACAGAAACACAAGACCGGACACAAGUUACUCAGCUGUUAACUAUGAUAGAAGAGAUGAAGAAAUCCAAUCAUGGCAGAUAUUUCACUAGUGAGAUGUUUGAGGAGGCAGCGAUCUCCACUAAACAGAGAAUGGAAAUGAUAGAAGAGAAUGAAAGAAAACAUCAUGCUCAAACUAAAGAAUUGCAAACUAAAUAUGACAUAGAAAUCAAAAGCAUGAGAAAGAGACUGAAGGAGAGAAAACAAAAGAUAGAUGAGGAAAGAGAGAGACUGAAGAACAAGUUCAGAGAACGAGAGGAAACACUCAGGAGAGAGUUUGAGGAGAAAGAAGAAUCAGAUCAGAAGAAACGAGAGACGGAGGAUCAGAAACAAUCAGAAGAAGAGAAACAGCAAAGAGAUGAAUAUGAUCAAAGAAUAGAGAAGAUGAAGAGAGAGAAUGAAGAUCAGAGAAAACAGUAUGAAAAACAACUUAAAGAAAGAGAAGAAGAAGAUAGAAAGAGAGAAGAAGAAUAUAAACAAGAUCAAGAAAAGAUGAAAAAUGAUCAUGAACACAUCAUGACAGAGUUAAGAAAAAAACAGGAAGAUGAAAUAAAAAAGAGAGAUUCAGAGGAACAAAUGAGGAAGGAACAAGAAGAGAAAGAGAGAGAAGAAUGGAAGAUAAAAAUAAAAGAGACUGAAAAUGACAAAGAGACUCGAGAGGAAAUUAAACGACAGCAGAGAGAAUGGGAGGAAGAGAAGAAACGACAGAUGAGAGAAAGAGAGGAAGAGGAAAGAGAGAGAAAAGAGAGACACAGGGAUCAGCUGAGAGAAAAACAAGAAGAACUAGAGAACAAGAAGAAAUGUGAAAGAGAGAGAGAAGAAGAACAGAUGAUAGAGGAGGAGAGAGAGAAACAGAAAAGAGAGAGAGAAGAAAAAGAGAGAAAAUGA